AUGGCAAAGUCAAACCCAGACGUCUCCUCCUCUCGGCGCAAGUCGCGCAAGGCUCACUUCGCGGCGCCCUCAUCUGUCCGACGCAAGAUCAUGUCCUCUGCUCUUUCUAAGGAGCUCCGUGGCAAGCAUAGCACUCGUUCGCUGCCAAUUCGCAAGGAUGACGAGGUCCGAAUCGUUCGAGGAAAGUAUAAGGGCCGGGAGGGCAAGGUCACCCAGGUGUACCGCAAGAAAUGGGUUGUGCACGUUGAACGUGUGCAGCGUGACAAGUCGAAUGGCUCGUCAGUACCCAUCGGUAUUCACCCUUCGAACGUCGUGAUCACAACCAUCAAGCUUGACAAAGACAGGCGGGCAAUUCUUGACCGCAAGAACCGUAAGAAGGAGGCUGAUGGUGCUGACGCUUACUUGCUCUGUGCUCAUCGUGAAACUCAUGGCAAGCAGUAA